GUGCUCGCUGAAGUUGGCUGCCACGUAGUUGACAUUCCUGCCAUCUAUUUAUUAAGUACUGCAUUUUGUAAAAAGGUUUAAAUUAGUUUUUUUUAAAUUUAUUUCGCGUGUAAGUGAACAUGAUUUUCUUUUCUAUUUGUUCGAUAUUGCCCUCACUGUUUGUGUUUGUUACCGGGGGGAAACUGCCCGAGCCAGAAGUGAAAAUUGAAGUUUUACAUAAACCCUUCAUGUGUUCCCGUAAGUCAAAGUAUGGAGACAUGCUUCUUGUUCAUCACGAAGGCUUCUUGGAAAGUAAUGGCACCCUGUUUUUUUCCAGCCGCAAACAUGGGGAUCAAAAUCCAGUAUGGUUCACUCUUGGGAUUCAAGAGGUGCUCAAGGGUUGGGAUAAGGGUCUGAGCAACAUGUGCACAGGAGAGCGCAGGAAAGUGACCAUUCCUCCAUCUCUGGCAUAUGGCAAGGAAGGGAAAGGCAAGAUCCCUCCAAGCAGUACCCUCAUUUUUGAAAUCGAGCUCAUGGAGAUCCGAAAUGGUCCCAGGUCGCACGAGUCUUUCCGGGAGAUGGAUCUCAAUGACGACUGGAAGCUCUGCAGAGAGGAGGUUAGAGAGUACCUGAAGAAAGAAUUUGAGAAACAUGGAUAUUCCCCCAAUGACACAAAUCACGAAGUGAUGGUUGAGGACAUCUUCAAAAAUGAGGACGAAGAUAAAGAUGGUUUUAUAUCUGCGAGGGAAUUCACCUACCAACACGAUGAGCUCUAAACUCUAAAGCACUGAUUUCAUCUACUUUUUCAAACUAGGGUUUGUUUGUUAAAUCACCUUCUGUUACACUACAGAGCAACAGUAUUAAGACCCAUAAUCAAUUGAUAUCUACAUUCUGCACUGAGAAUGUGACCACAAAUGCAUUUAGGCUCCCCAUUAGAAUUUCUAUUUUAUUUACUUUACUGUGGUGAUACAGUCUCUGUGAUGCUGGAUGGUCGUUUUUCUCUGUGUACGUCUUCAUUAUUCACUAGAGGGCACUCUUGUCCUAGACUUUUGUAUCAUUUACACAUUUCAAAACAACAACAACAACAACAACAACAACAAUAAACUGUAAGGGGUCCUUCUCUUUGAGUUUCAAGAUUUAUGUUUAAAGGUAUGUUCUGCCUAAAACAACCAUCAAAAUCCCUCUGAAGCAUCCAAUAUGUACAUUCUGCAGGGAAUAAGAUCCAAACUAAAACAGUAUCAAAUAUAAAUUGGUUUCAUUGAACCCUGAGUAGGAAACAAAGUGUUCAAGUUAAUAUUUAAGUUAUUUGAAAACGAUUAUUAUACAGGAGGGGAACAUUCCUAAUCACUAUCAAAUAAAACUAAUAUGGCGUGUAAGUCCACAAGAGAAGUGACUCUUGGUUUGAUGAUUGAUUACAUAAAUGUCAAAAUAAAAUGUCCUAUGAUUAUUUAAAGAUCUAGAAUAGUCAAUCACAGGUGAUAUAUAGAUAUAUAUCUAUAUAUCUUACCCUAUAAGCUCUAUACCAGGGAGAACAGAAGUAGCAGUAGUUAGGGUGUUGUGAUGGAACAUCAACAGGAAGCACAAUGUUUCAAAGAUUAAAGAAGCCAGUGAGAUGUGUGAUUGCUGUCAGAAUUUAUGUAUAUUAUUUUCCUGAAUCCAUUCAAAUGAAAGCAUUGUAAGAUUUUGGUUGAGUGAAUGUUGGCAGCGAAUGUGAGCCUCCCAAGUUAAAUUUAAUUGAUUAAAACAUUUUUGUCGGAUGAUGCCGUAGAGAUAGAUGAGGGUUUUCCCCCCAUAAGCAACGGCUAUAAGCAUAUCAGACAUACAUCACAGUGGCUCCAUUACGUCGCGGUGCAUGCACAUCUCACCAUAAGCUGUAGCAUCAAUAAAUACCGAUGGUGUGCAUCUCAAUCGUUUUUUAGUCACUAACUUAAACUAGAAGUCAUUUUAUUCUAAUAGUUUAAAUAAAUAAGAGAAAGGAGGUACAACUAUUAUUGUGUAAUCUUCUACCAAAAUGACAUUCUGAUGAAAGCUGACGGAGUUUGAACAUCGUGGUGCAAUAAUGUCUCCUCACAAAGAGCACCACUGUUUUUCUCACCAAACAAGUUCAUAUGGUAUCUGGCCAAAUGCCAUACUGCUGACUACACCUACACAUAAACUGGACGAGUGGGAAGGUUAUAUGGUAACCCAGAGAUUGAAUAUUAGAUAAAGCCUUCUACCUGAAAUGCCUGGUAUGGAUAUGACAAUAACUAUCACAAAAAGGUUACGAGCAACCCUUAAUAGCGCCGUUAUAUAUAAUAAUCGCACACUUCUUCUCACUGAACCUCUUCGACAGCCAUCUCACUGCAGUACGAUUAGCGGACAAACACAGGGAGAAAGUACAACAGGUCACACUAUUUGAAACUCAAGUUUUCUUUCCUUUAAUAAAUCAACAUUUGAGAAAUUACAUUUUUAAUUGCAACCGUCACAAAAAUACAUUUUGAUAAAAUGGAUUUGUAGAAAGGAUUUACCUGAUCACAUCCAACCAACUGUGUAAUAAACAUGCUCGGUACAGCUGUAGUAUGACUCUUAACUUCUAUGGCACUUUGAAGUGAAACGCAGCUACUGCUGCACCGAGUGAUGU